GCUUUUCACUAAGACAGUGACGGAACAUCCACACACGUUCAAACCUUACCAGUCUGAUCUCAUUGAAGGAAUUUCAAAAAAUGGAGCUUAUUGCCAAACUUUCAAGAACAGAAUCACAACGUGGCUUUUCACCAAAAUAUUUGGUAUAUUUUGAAGAAAUGUUCAGGCGACAUGCUGGAGAGCAGAAAGAACUAAACCUGGAUCAAUUCAAGAAGAUAAUUCAAUCGAAAAAUACAUUCUUCAGCGAACGAGUGUUCCAGCUAUACGACACUGAUAACUUAGGCUCUAUUUCUCUUGAAAAGUUUCUACAAGGGAUAAAGAAGUUCGCUAUACAGAAACCAGAAGAAAAGUUAAAGUCUAUAUUUGACAUCUAUGAUAUUGACGGUGAUGGUUUUCUUCAGCCAAGUGAGCUGGAUAUGGUAGUCAAGGAGUGUAUGCAAGAAAAUGGCCUCACUUUCACAGAUGUCCAGCUUCAAGAUCUCGUAAUGACCUUGUUUGAAGAAGCCGAUGUUGACAAGAGCGGAGUUAUUUCUUUUGAAAAGUUCCGAGCUCAGUUAAACCGCCAUCCGGGUCUUAUCGAAAACUUAUCUAUAAGUGCGGAGAAACAGCUUUUACCUCCAAGUCAGGAAAAUGUAACAGGACGUUUCCAGGACUACCUACCAAGUAAGCUGAGGUGGCGCUAUAUUCGUAAUAACUACAUAAGUGCUGUAUUUUUGUUUAUAUAUCUGGCGAUCAAUUUGAUACUUUUCGUGUCUCGAAGUCUUCAAGUGAGCAAGAUGAAAGACACCUCUCUCAACAUUCUAGCAAAAUUCGAAUACUUGAAUAACCUGACCCAUCGCGAAAGAAAAUAUAAUAUAACAGAAGAAGCUAUGCUGGAAGACUAUCCAAGAAAGUUUACUUUUGAAGUCUUGGCACGAGCUUCUGGACAAUGUCUCAAUUUUACGUGUAUGUUCAUCGUGCUACCAGUGUUAAGACGAUCUCUAACGUUUCUUCGGGAACGUGGCUUCUCAGAUUACCUGCCUCUGGACCAAGGGGUUUAUUUUCAUAAAUUAACUGGCUGGUUUAUUCUAUUCUACAGCGUUUUGCACACAAUCAUGCACAUUUGCAAUUUUACUCGGAUAUCCAAUGGAAAUCGUCAUCUGGCCGCUUGGCUAUUAUUUUCUACAGAAACUGGAAUUGGUUGGGUGAAGGGAUCUGCUUGUAUCACUGGCUGGAUUCUCUUGGUAAUCCUGAUAACAAUGGUUAUCUGUGCACUAAACUGUAUUAGACGGCGUGGAAUGUUCGAGAUAUUCUACUACACACACUUACUGUACUUGGCAUUCUGGAUUAUUCUUCUGUUACAUGGACCUAAUUUCUGGAAAUGGUUUCUAGGACCAGCUCUGCUUUUCUUAGUAGAAACACUCAUGAAGAUCCAGAUGUCCUUCAGUAAACGUGGAAAAACGUGUGUAAUAAAAGGCAUUCUACUGCCGUCAAAGGUAAUUCAUCUGAUUAUCAAACGCCCUCGACAUUUUGAAUUUCAGCCAGGAGAUUAUGUGUUUAUAAAAAUUCCUUCAAUUACUCAGUUUGAGUGGCAUCCAUUCACCAUCAGCAGCGCGCCAGAACAAGAAGAUGUCCUGUGGUUGCAUAUCCGGACAGUCGGAGAGUGGACAAGUCAGUUAUGGAAUUAUUUUGAUAAACCAUUUUUUCUCAAUCAAAAGAAGAUGAUAAUCACUCCUGUAUCUUUCGUCAUCAGCAGUUUUCUAACACUAACAAAAACGGUGUUGAUGAUGUAGCAGUUUCUCUGUCGAAACAUCCUAACAU